GCGUGGAGGGAUGAGACCGUGCUCGCAUCCAGUCAAGUGCGUGUUUUCCCAACUGAGAUCAAUGGAUCUUUAGAGAGUUGUGCUUAGGUCGUGAUGAAACCAAGAUGGCGUGUAGUUUAGACAGGAUGAACGGUGGAUAGGUGACGAGGAAAGAAAACAUUGGAAACAACGUGUAUUUUGUGCACGCGCUCGAAACGGUCAUUAUAAAGAAAACGUCAACUUACACGGGACGUUCAGGAGUCAGCAGAAAAGAAGAUCUCCGCGAUCAUCAUCCCUCUAACCGACCGAGAGAGUGUGUAUGUGAGUGUAUGUAUUUGUGUGUGUGCUGGGAUGGGCUGAUCGAGGAGGCCGCAGAGCCACUGCCACCCAGAGAUUGACCCUCUACCGAACAAUAGACCCCGUGAUCACCAUCAUACAAGACCCCGAAAGACACAAAUAAUAAAACACACCGGCUCAGGCGACACCGAAGAAUAAGAAGAACUCAGACCAAGUGCAAAAAAAAUAGCGAUGGAUGGAGGGGAGGAGUUUGUUCCGCCGCCGGAAUGUCCAGUGUUUGAACCGUCAUGGGAGGAGUUUGCAGAUCCACUGGGAUAUAUCGCCAAAAUCCGUCCGAUAGCAGAAAAGUCGGGAAUAUGCAAGAUUCGCCCUCCACCCGACUGGCAGCCACCAUUUGCUGUAGAGGUGGACAAUUUCCAUUUCACACCACGUAUUCAGAGGCUCAAUGAGCUCGAGGCUGAGACAAGAGUGAAGCUCAAUUAUCUGGACAGAAUUGCCAAGUUCUGGGAGAUCCAAGGAUCCUCUCUGAAGAUCCCCAACAUAGAACGACGUAUUCUAGAUCUGUUCAGCUUGGCCAAGAUUGUGACAGAGGAAGGAGGUUUUGAGGCGGUGAGUAAGGAGAGACGCUGGGCACGUGUGGCACAGAAACUCGGUUAUCCUCCUGGCAAAAACAUUGGCUCUCUCCUGAGGUCACACUAUGAGAGGAUCGUCUAUCCAUUUGAGAUGUUCCAGUCUGGAGCCAGCUUACCGCCAUGUAAACCCAGGCCGUAUGACAGUGAUGAGGUAGACCGGGAAUACAAACCCCACUCCAUUCCUCUCCGCCAAUCAGUCCCGCCAUCCAAGAUGAGCAGUUAUGGACGACGAGCCAAUCGCCUUCAGCCUGAGGGUCCAGAGGAUCCAACUCACCACCCUCUUACAACUGGCUCUCAACACAUCUCCUCGCCGGAGCCUACAGAGGAAGACAUAGAAAAAAACCCUGAGCUGAAAAAGCUACAGAUCUAUGGGGCUGGACCUAAAAUGAUGGGGCUGGGUCUUGUACCUCGAGACAAGACACGGAAGAAAGAUGAACUGCCACAGACGGUAAUAGUGCGGGACAGUGCUGCCUCUGCAUCUGUGAAGGAUGAACCAGGAGAGACGCCGGUCACAAAAGCAGACCCAGACAUUCCUCCUCCACCCCCAAAUCUCAUCGUCAAGGAGGAUGUUGAUGAUGACAAAAGUCACAUUGGCGAUCCUAAUGACCCUGGCGAUGAACCCUGCACUAAGAUGACCAUGAGACUCCGACGCAACCUCAAUAACCCACAGUUUGUGGACUCGUUUGUAUGUCGGAUGUGUGGACGUGGGGAUGAGGACGAGAAGUUGCUGCUCUGUGAUGGGUGCGAUGAUAAUUAUCACACGUUCUGCCUGAUACCUCCUCUCACAGACCCACCUAAGGGCAACUGGCGCUGUCCUAAAUGUGUAGCAGAGGAGUGUAAAAAGCCAGCAGAGGCGUUUGGUUUUGAGCAGGCCACGCGAGAGUAUACGUUACAGAGCUUUGGUGAGAUGGCCGACACUUUUAAAGCUGACUACUUCAACAUGCCUGUCCAUAUGGUUCCUACAGAGCUGGUUGAAAAGGAGUUUUGGCGGUUGGUUAGUAGUAUUGAAGAGGACGUAACUGUAGAAUAUGGUGCAGACAUUCACUCGAAAGAAUUUGGUAGUGGUUUUCCCGUUAACAACGGCAAGAGACACUUAUCAGAUGAGGAAGAGGUUUGUUAUUGUUCCCCCCUCUUUUCAUUUUUCCAUGUUUUUAGUCAAGAAGAGCAAAUUAAGCUCUCCACCCUGUUCCUAUUGCAGGAAUAUGCCCGGAGCGGCUGGAAUCUGAACGUUAUGCCAGUGUUGGAGCAGUCAGUAUUGUGCCACAUUAAUGCAGAUAUCUCGGGCAUGAAGGUGCCAUGGCUGUAUGUGGGCAUGGUUUUCUCCGCUUUCUGCUGGCACAUAGAGGACCACUGGAGUUACUCUAUCAACUAUUUACACUGGGGUGAGCCCAAAACAUGGUAUGGUGUGCCAUCAUCAGCUGCAGAGAAGUUAGAGGAGGUGAUGAAGAAACUCACACCUGAGCUCUUCGAGUUCCAGCCAGACCUGCUUCACCAGCUAGUCACCAUCAUGAACCCAAAUAUACUCAUGAAUCACGGAGUGCCGGUGGUUCGGACCAAUCAGUGUGCUGGGGAGUUCGUCAUCACUUUUCCACGAGCUUAUCACAGCGGUUUCAAUCAGGGAUAUAACUUUGCCGAAGCAGUCAACUUCUGCACUGCAGACUGGCUGCCCACUGGGCGCUCUUGUAUCGAGCAUUACCGGCGGCUGAGACGCUACUGUGUGUUCUCUCAUGAGGAACUCACCUGCAAGAUGGCGGCCUGCCCGGAGAAGCUGGAUCUAAACCUGGCAGCCGCCACACACAGGGAGAUGUUCAUCAUUGUACAGGAGGAGAGGAAACUACGUAAAAGCCUGCUGGAAAGGGGCAUAAAGGAAGCUGAAAGGGAGGCCUUCGAGUUACUGCCUGAUGAUGAAAGGCAGUGUGACAAAUGUAAGACCACCUGCUUCCUCUCGGCCCUGGCAUGUUCGAACUGUCCAGAGCGCCUUGUUUGCCUCUACCAUGCACAGGACCUUUGCUCUUGCCCCAGUGAAAAACUCUACCUCAGGUAUCGCUAUACUCUGGAUGAACUCUUGGCCAUGUUGCAUCGGCUGAAAGUUCGCGCUGAGUCUUUUGACUCAUGGGCCAACCGAGUGAAGGAAGCCCUAGAACAGGAAGAAGGCAACAAAAUAGACAUUAAAGAUCUGGAGGUUCUGAAAGAAGAGGCAGCUGACAAGAAGUUCCCCAAUAAUGAGCUGCUCCAGCGCCUCAACACAGUUCUCACAGACAUAAGCAAGUGUGAGAGCAGGAGCACAGAGCUCCUUAGCAACAGCCAGAGCAGUAGAAUGAGUCUGGAGGAGCUGAGGACUUUGGUGGACACCAUGCAGAACCUACCAUGUGUUAUGACACAGCAGGAGGAAGUGCAGGCGGUAUUGCAGAAGAUAGAGGAGUUUGAUUCCCGUGCUCAGGCUCUGGUUGACAGCACCAAGGGCGAGUGGAAGCAGGACUCUCCUCUGCCCGCGGCCUCCGAGAUCCAGGCCCUGCUGGAGGAGGGAGCAUCGCUGCCCGUUAUUGCCCCGGCAUGUGAGCUCCUGAGCGGGCUGCAGGAGCAGGGUCGCUGGCUGGGAGAGGUCAGGCGAACAUUAGGGCCAGAGGGGAGCGAGGUGACUCUAGCUGUGCUGAGGAACUUAAUGGAGGCAGGUUGUAACGUACCACAGAGCAUAUCAGUGGAGACUGCUAUGGCUGAACUGCAAGAGCUACUGACUAUAGCCGAGCGCUGGGAGGAGAAGGCACAGAUCUGUCUGGAAGACAGGCAGAAACACCAUUUGUCAACACUGGAGGCUAUUGUGAACGAGGCUCAGCUAAUACCAGUGCAGCUGCCUAACAUCCUGUCCCUGCAGGCCUGCUUGAGCCGAGCUCGUGCUUGGGUCACGGAUCUAGAGGAAAUUCAGAACGGUGAGCACUACCCGUGUCUGGAUGACUUGGAAGGUUUGGUGGCCAUUGGGCGGGACCUGCCAGUGAAGAUGGAGGAGCUGAAGCAGCUGGAGCUGCAGGUGGCCAGCGCUCACUCAUGGAGAGAGAAAGCCAGCAAAACCUUCCUGAAGAAGAACAGCCAGCACAGUCUGCUGGAGGUUUUGUGCCCAUGUGUUGAGAAGAGCAAGAAGAGGGAGGAGAACUCUUUGGGUACUGAAGCAGAUUCUGAUGUCAAUGUAUUAGGCCUCACUGCUCAGGACCUUCGAGACCCAGGAGCUAUCGUGAUGGCAUUCAAAGAGGGGGAGCGUCUGGAGAAAGAGGCCCUUCUUCGCCUUCAGCAGGUUAAUUUAACAAAACCCGGUGUGGAAAAAGGAGCAAGCGGUGACCAGAACGGCAUCAAGAUGGAAAGGAAACAGAGUGACUCUAUGGAGACAGACACGCCCCUCAACUCAGACAGUCCCGUACUGCUGAAUGGUGGCCCCACCCCUUCCCUCAACCCUAGCCAAUCAGUAUGCGUGUGCAGUGGUCCGCCCCGCCCCUUGCUUCAUCGGUGCCAUCUGUGCAAAGACUGGUUCCACGGAGGUUGUGUGCCCUUUCCACCACUGCUGGGCUCCUCCGACACACAUCUUUCAAAGCCCCUCUGCUGGUGGGACUGGAAUACACGUUUCCUCUGUCCGCGGUGCCAACGAUCCCGGCGGCCACGGCUAGAAACCAUUCUAGCCCUGCUGGUGGCACUGCAGAGGUUACCUGUACGCCUGCCAGAGGGAGAGGCGUUACAGUGUCUUACAGAGAGAGCCAUUAACUGGCAGGGUCGAGCCAAACAGGCACUAGACGCUCCAGAAUUACAGAGGGCGCUAGAGAGAUUGCAACAAGUGAAGGAGGAAAUGGUCAGUAUAAAAGAGGAAGAACCAGUGGAGAAAAAGAAAUGGAACGGGGAUACUGUAAUUGUGCUGUCUGACUCGGAGGAAACAGAAGAUGGUGUUAUCGAUCUGACGGAGGAAGUGAACUCGCCAAAAAAGAGUGAAGAGAAGGCUGCUAAUGGUACACCGUCUGGCUGUGAGAAUGGAAUUGCCAGAAAGUCAAGCACUCAUGACUUUACAGGGGUGGAGUCUCUGUUGUCACUAGUGCCAUGUCUUAAAGGGCCGGUGAUCGAACUGAGCACAUCCACCAGAGCACAGCUGGAGGAGCUUCAGCUAGAAGGAGACCUGCUGGAGGUCACGCUUGACCAGACACACACCAUUUAUAGGAUCCUACAGGCGGCAUCACAGCCGCCCCAUGAUGCCCUGCACACGCUCAUACAGAUUGAACUGCAGGAGCAGAGAAGCUCAGGUCGUGGCAACAAGUCAAAAGACUCCAAGAGGAAGAGAAAGAGCCAGAAAACUGAAGGCGGGCCUAAAUCCACAGAGGCUUCGGAAUGCAAGAAGACGAAACCUGUCAGUCUCACACCCCCCUCAGAUCCACACAGAGAUCUUGUGAUGUUUUCCUGAAGCUGUGGAGGGGCAGAUGGCGAUUGAGAGGAGAACCACAGAGACAGAAAAACGCAGGGCUCAGGCUCAUUUCCCCACAUAAUAAGCUCACAUUAAUUCUUCUUUUCAACCCAUCAAAUGGACGCUCCCCACCCUACUAACCACUGCACUUUUUUUCCUGUUUCUUCCCAUUUGCCUCUGUUCACACCCCUCAUCCUGAACAGUUCACUGAUGCAGGCCGCAGAUCUCCGUUCCCUUAGAGGAGGGAUAAAAUGGGAUUUGCCCUGCAGUUAAGCUGUCUUUACAAUAUAGAUGUACCAAACUGUUCUUAACGCAAAUGCCGUGUGCUGCAUAAUACGACUUGUCCAGGUAUUCACACACACACUUGACGGCCAGGCAGAGGAGGGGCGUUUAGCAGGGGACUGGUAUUGCUGCCACAACGACACCUGUAUUCUUUUUGUACCGAGUCCCACAUUUUGUCAUGGAGACUCGACAUUGUGAAUAAACUAGUACAAUAUUUUGAAAGUGUGAUGGAAAAAACAAAGGCAUUUACGUUCUGGUGCUACUUUUCUAAGAUAGGUUACUGCAUAGUCCUUUCUCUCUUUUCCUCUUCCUCUGAGUUUUACUGUCUUCAUUGUCAUUUCCUUUCAGUGAUACUGUUGACUCUUUUAAGCUACCUGCUCUCUACCCCUCUUCCUCUCCACAGAACUGUACAAAUCUCACUUUAACUCCCUUUAUUUCCAUCUUAUUUUGUUGCUGGGGUUCUAAUAAUUCUAUUAUUAUUAUAUUAUUAUUAUUGGUAUUGCUAUUGCAGACACGCAUUGUCGUGAGUUUGUGUAUAAACAUUUUCAUUUAAAUGUUGCCUUUGUUUCUUUUCACUCUUGUUAGAAAAUAAAAGUUUAGAAUUGUUUUAGGAA